AUGAAGCAAUUUGCAAUCAAAAUCAUUCUUUUGUGCACAAUAAAUGUGACUAUUGGAGGAUUGACCAGUGACCAGCUUGCAGAAGCUGUAAAUCGGGUUUGUCCUGAAAAAAUCGGAUGUCCCCAUGAUGAAUAUGGGAUUUAUAAUGAAUUUGGUUGGAGCUGGAAUUAUACAGCUAUCGAGAAGAGCCAACAAAGUAAAGAACUUAUGGAAAUGCCUUUGAGCAAAGAAUUGGCUAUGUUGAUUAGAGUGAGUUUUGAAAAAAGUGUAUUUCAUUUAAAAACAAAUGUUUUAUUUUCAGUCUGUUUAUUGUUGCUCGAAAGGAAGAGCCUGUGCGGAAAAAUGCAAAGUUCCGCGAAACUUCGAAGAGAUCGAUUUAAUUAAGAAAUUCCCAGAAAAUGCCAGAGAAUUGUUAUCUUUGAAUUUUAAACCUUUGAACGUGAGUUUUUUCUUUGCCGUGUUUUAUCAAUUAAAAAUUUGAACCUUCAGGAGCAUCGUGAAGCAGUGAUGCAAUUCGUCAAAGACUGGGAGAAUGGAUUGGAGAAGAAGGGAGAUUAUCCAGCAGAAGUGGAAGAAUUCCUGGACGUAGUGAGUGAAAACAAAUUCAUUUUGGCCAAAAUGUUGGAAGAGCGAAACAAUAUUCGAUUCCGCGCUUUUUUUCGGUAAACUUGAAAAGAGUUUGAUCCAAAAAAGGUUACCGGUAUUCUUUCACAUGCGGAUUCAAUAAUUAUUACGACCUCUUCUCACAAUGUUUAGGUUAUCAAUUAAUAUAUUUGUCUUAAAAUAAUCUAUUGAUCUCGUAUUAUUUAUUUUUUCCCCACAAAUCAUUCCCCAAUCUCAUCUCACAUAAUCUAGGAACCUUCUUCGAUUUUAUCCCCCAUCGUUGUUCCAUUUUUUGACGUGUUUUAUAUUUUGUUCUUGAUUAGCUCCCUAUUUAUCUUUCUAUAUUUAUUAUUUUGAUUUUUAUUUUGAUAUUUGGAAACUGAAUAAAUAAAAAGUUUGAAAUUUAAAAAUGUAAAUGUUUGUGUACUGAAGAAAAGCAGAGAGCAUAGCAUCAAAGUGAAGUUCACUUUUUGAACUUUUCAUCAUUCAAAAACAUUCUUGUACAUUUCAAAUCGCACUACUUCGCGGGUACAAUAGAGCAUGUUUUGCUGUGUGUCGCGGCCCUGACACAUAUCGGUCAACUUGUGUGUGUUGUUUCCUCAUUCAUUCAUUUAUUUAUAUGUUUGUGCGAGUUUUUUUUUAAAUCUUAAUGGUCCUACUUUUGAAGUAGAUUAUAUUUAUAUUUUUAAAUAUUUUGUUAUGUUUAGCUUACUUCCAAGCUUAAUUCAUUUCAUUGAAAGUAAUGAACUUAUUAGUUAGGAUCAACCCCCUUUUAGAAUAUCUGUCGGGUUUUACUUUAUUACGAACAUUAAGUUUUACAAACGAUGUCAAACAUGUAUCAUAUAUCAUCAAAAAUCUCAACACGUGAAUGAUCUUUGACUUUAAAACGGAACAAAACAAUACGAAUUUAUGACAUGGUUCUGGUUCUGAAUUGGAUUUGUAAUUGAAAAAAAGAAAAUCUAUUUUCAGAGAAAACUAUUCUAGAAAACCUCAAUAACCGGAAAUGAUAUAAAAUCUUUAUUUGAUUUUUCUUGCCUUGCUCUAUUUUCAUCCUUCUAUCUUUUUCGUUAUUUUUAUAGGGGUGGUUUUUCCCCAAGUUUCUCUGUAACUCUAUUUUGCCAUUCACAGGAAAACUAUUUUCUUGUUUAGGAACUCGGUCAGAAAACGGCGGGGUCGCUACCGAUCGGGGCGGAGUCGCUACACGUUUUUUGUUCCCCGAAACGUGUAGCGACUCCGCCCCGAUUGGUAGCGACCCCGCCGUUUUCUGACCGAGAAAUCAAUAAAUCAUGUUAACAGAGCAUCCCCCCGUUCCUCUUUUGCUUCCCGCUGACCACAAUCUCUCUCUUUUCUCAAUAACUGUUCGCUUUUUUUUCUGGCUGUCUCUUAGAACUCCCAUAAGAAGAAAACUUUGGCGUUUCUUAAAGGCGGAGUUUUGUUUUUGUAUAAAUCUAGUUCGAUGAGCUAUUUUAAACGAAUUUCAAAACUUUUGUUUACACGAAUUCUGAUUUUUUUUUACUGUUCGAAAUUUCCCUAUCACAAUUCUCAAAAUAAAAAUUAUUUUUCAGUUCGAACUCAUCAACAUUUUUAAAAUGAACAAGUUUACAAUCGCAAUUAUUGUUCUCUGCACAAUACAUGUCAGUGCCAGUGUCGAAGGAUUAACACUUGACAACCUUUCAGUAGCUAUUACCAAGGCGUGCCACGAGGAUAAAGGAUGCUCGAAAGAGAUAUAUGGAAUCUUCGAUGAAAACGGAUGGAGCUGGAACUACACAGCGAUAAAGAGAAGUGAAAAGAGCGCAGAUUUUAUGAAAACAUCAUCAUUGGAUAAAAAAUUCUAUGGCUCACUUCUAGUAAGUUCAAUAAUUAAAAACACGAUUUUGGAUAACUGAUUAUUUUAUUUCAGGAAGAAUAUUGUUGCAUUGGUACAUGUGCAGAAAAACUUUGCAAGGUUCCAAAAAAGCUAGAAGAAAUUGAACUAAUAAAAAAUUUUCCGGAAAACGCAGAAGAACUUUUAUCGAUCGAUUUUGAACCAUUCAAAGUGAGUUACUGUUUCAAAAUUAGUAUUCAUCUUUAUUCUGAAUUUUCAGAAAUUUCGAGAUGCUGUUCUCCAAUUUAAAAAAGAUUAUGAUAAUGGCCGCGAAAGAAAAGGAAAUUAUUCGGCCGAAAUUGAAGAUUUUCUCGAUCUUGUAUUCAAAAAUCAAUUCUGGAUAACAGAUGAAUUGGAAAAACAAAGGAUUCGACGAUAUCUUCUCGGAGGAUGUUAA